GGUGUCGACCUUAACCCGGGAUCCUCUCGGCCCCUGCUCAAGUUUGACAGCAGCCGUCGUUGGGUCUCUAUCGAGAAGCCAGUGGAAUAUCUGGAGAGGUACUCCAAAUUUCAGGCGAGCAAGUACGAGCCGCCAGUUUUUGCUGCCGAGCCUUCAGACGACCCUGAGACUCGGGAACUUCGGCGCCGCAGGCGCCUCUAUUUCGAGAGCAAAGGUCGUUUGGAUCGACUGGCGGUGCUGGAGAAGGUCAAGGGAUGGCCGUUCAAGUUCGGAGUCCCGACUAGAGCACCAUUCAUUCCCUGCUCCGAACAUGCCGUUGUUGAAAAGGCCGACAACCGGGACCUACCCCUAUUCAAGGUCCUUGGCCACACCGAACUUGCGGAUCGGAUCCUGGGGUACUGCGCCCCUCAUUUCCAGGACGUCGCCAACCUUGGUCUAACCUGUUGGGCGGUAUUCAACACUAUCCGGGCUAGUAUUGAACACUGGAACAUGACAGAGCGGGACUUCCUCUCCUACAAUAUCGAUACCGAGGAGCCCAUUGGAGCGCCUCGACCGACAUCUCGAAUCGUGAUCGUGUCGCAAGUACGACCAGAAAUGACUCGAUCUGACUCCGUCCGUGGCGACUCCAACUACUCGACCGAGUUCAAUGGCAUCAUAGACCUUUUUAAAGCCUUGAACAACCGGUCCGCCGGAAUCAUGAACCUCCAGCUCCAUCGGAUCCCGUUCCUCAACAUCCAAGCUGUUGAUUGCAUCGUCUCUUCGCUGCCGAAUUUGGAAAACCUUGGGAUAUACCAGUGCCCCCUGCUGCAUUUUGCCACCACUGGAAAGCUUCUGGGUAUCAUCGAAGCGAACAAGAAGGAGGCCGGAUUUGUCCAUUUGGACUUCUUCCCAACCUUCCACCAAGGACCAGACGUAAGCAAUAGACAGGGCUCAUUCGGCGUCACAUGGUCGGACCCGGGCAUAAACACCCUUGCCGGAAUACUCAAGUUGCUUAUCUAUGAGUAUUACCCGAAGGCCAGAGGACUGGGUUUCGACCUGUUCAACGAUGCGAACGCCUUUCGCCGGUGGCUUGAGAAAUGCCCGCUCCCGGACUGGACAGUCGUCCGGGCGAAUGAAGCGGUGAAGACGUAUGAAGCCAAACGGAGGCUCAAAGGUUUUGGCGAACAGUGGAUGGCGGAUUCGGCCGAUCCGGCCUUCAAGCGGCUCGCCGACGAACUUGCAGCUGCUAUGCAUAUCGAGGACGACACGGAGCCUGUCGCGGUGCCCGGACAGGACGUAUCGGACGCCCGCGCUCGUAGGGACCAGGAUCGCACAGGUGGCUGGUGGCGUGGGGAAUCCGACCACUGCGACAAAUGUGGUCGUGGGGCAAACAUCCUGCUCCCGUUCUUCCCCUUCUACCAGCACGACCUCUGCUAUGGCUGUAGAUUGGGCGACGCGCUAGACGAGCAAGACGACCACUUGAAACUGUGGCAGGCGGGCGCCAUGAAGAGGUGGCUCAACAACCCCCAGCACGAGUGCAAAACUCUGGCGGCCGCUGUGGAGAGCCCGAGCCGGUGGGACGGUGCUCAUUUCGCCUCGAGGGCCGAUGCCGCGUACGAGUUCGACAGGACCCAUAACCACAGAAUAGGCGUGGAGGACCUGAUCUGGCGUGUCGACUCGACGAGCCUCGACCGUCGCUACCGUCGCGAGCGCGAGCCGCACGGCGCCAUCGACCGCCGCCGAGAGGAGAGGCAGUACGUCCCCGCCGGCAAGGAGAACGUUCACGUGAGCAUCGACCUGGCGGGACCCGCCCUC